AUGGGCAUCUUGGAGCCAGGCUGCCGAGACAUGCUGACGGGCACCGACCCGAUGCCGGCGAGCGACGAGGGCCGGGCGCCAGGCGCCGACUCGCAGAACCGCUACUUCUACCCGGAGCCGGGCGCGCAGGACGCGGCCGACCGUCGCGUGGGCGCCAGCCUGGGGGCGCCCUACGCCGGGGGCGCCCUGGUGCCUGCCCCGCCGGGCCGCUUCCUCGGAGCCUACGCCUACCCGCCCCGACCCCAGGCCACCGGCUUCCCCGGGGCGGGCGAGCCCUUCCCGCCGACGCCGGGCGCCGAGGGCUACCAGCCGGGGGACGCCUACACCGCCCCGGACCCGCGCGCCACACUCUACCCGGGGCCGCGCGAGGACUGUGCGCUGCCGGCGGGGCUGGAGGUAUCCGGGAAGCUGAGAGUCGCGCUCAACAACCACCUGUUGUGGUCCAAGUUUAAUCAGCACCAGACGGAGAUGAUCAUCACCAAGCAGGGACGGCGGAUGUUCCCAUUCCUGUCAUUUACUGUGGCUGGGCUGGAGCCCACCAGCCAUUACCGGAUAUUUGUGGACGUGGUCUUGGCGGACCAGCAUCACUGGCGGUAUCAGAGCGGCAAGUGGGUGCAGUGUGGAAAGGCUGAGGGCAACAUGCCAGGGAACCGGCUGUACGUCCACCCAGACUCUCCCAACACUGGAGCCCACUGGAUGCGCCAGGAAGUUUCAUUUGGGAAACUAAAGCUCACGAACAACAAAGGGGCCUCCAACAACGUGACCCAGAUGAUCGUGCUCCAGUCCCUCCAUAAGUACCAGCCCCGGCUACACAUUGUCGAGGUCAGUGAUGGAGAGCCAGAGGCGGCCUGCAAUGCUUCCAACACGCACAUCUUUACUUUCCAAGAAACCCAGUUCAUCGCCGUGACCGCCUACCAGAACGCCGAGAUUACUCAGCUGAAAAUUGAUAAUAACCCUUUUGCCAAAGGAUUCCGGGAGAACUUUGAGUCCAUGUAUGCAUCUGUUGACACCAGCGUCCUCUCCCCGCCUGGACCCAACUGUCAAUUGCUUGGGGGAGACCACUACUCUCCUCUGCUCCCCAACCAGUAUCCCGUUCCCAGCUGUUUCUACCCCAACCUUCCCAGCCAGGCCAAGGAUGUGGUUCCCCAGCCUUACUGGCUGGGGGCCCCUCGGGACCACAGCUACGAGGCCGAGUUUCGAGCUGUCAGCAUGAAGCCUUCAUUCCUGCCCUCCGCCCCUGGGUCCACUAUGUCCUACUACCGAAGCCAGGAGGUCCUGGCACCUGGAGCUGGCUGGCCUGUGACCCCACAGUACCCUCCCAAGAUGGGCCCAACCAGCUGGUUCCGCUCCAUGCGAACUCUGCCCAUGGAACCUGGCCCAGGAGCCUCAGAGGGGCGGGGGCCGGAAGACCAGGGCUCCCCCUCCUUGUGGACUGAGAUCACCCCCAUCCGGCCAGAGUCCAGCGACUCAGGACUGGGUGAAGGAGACUCUAAGAGGAGGCGUGUGUCCCCCUAUCCUUCUAGUGGCGACAGCUCCUCCCCUGCGGGGGCCCCUUCUCCUUUUGAUAAGGAAACCGAAGGCCAGUUUUAUAACUAUUUUCCCAAUUGA